GACAAAGGUAUAGACUUGGAUAUUGACGGAAAUGAAGAGAAACCAAAAUGAAAAUUCAACCCGAAGUACAGCAGGCUGCUUGCCUGUACCUUUGUUCAAUCAGAAAAAGAGGACUAGACAGCCAUUAACUUCCAAUCCACUUAAAAAUGAUCCCGGUAUCACUACUACUUCUGACAGUUAUGAUUUCCCUCCUCUACCAACAGAUUGGGCCUGGGAAGCAAUGAAUCCAGAGUUGCCUCCUUUAACGAAAACAAUCAACACAGGGCAAAUACCACAUUCAGUUUCUCAUCCCUUGAGAAGUCAAGAUUCUGUGUCUAAGUCUAUUCAACCAAACACUGAAAGGAGCAAGAGUGGUUGGAGCUACAGAGAUGGCAACAAAAAUACCAGCUUCAAAACGUGGGAUAGAAGUGAUUUUAGGCCUCAAUGCAAAAGAACAAACCUAGCGGCAAAUGAUGGAAUAAAUUCUUCUCCAGUGAGUUUGGGAGUGCAACAACAGAAACAGCUAAGAGUAUCUCAGCCUCCUAACUUAUCUCACCAAGGAGAAUGUGAAGUACUCAGACAAGCACACUCUUCAAAAACACCUGGCUCCACAAUGAGAGGUCUAGGAAAAAACAGUACAUUACAGGCAUUUAAGCCCAAUAUCCAACAAAAUCAAUUCAAGAAAAAAACAUUAUGUGAUAUUCCAGAAGAAAACGCUCUCAAGGAUGCCUCACUGUAUCAGUUAAAGCUUAAGGAAAAAGAUAAUUCUUUAAGAAUUGUAUCAGCAGUUAUUGAAAGCAUGAAGUACUGGCGUGAACAUGCCCCCAAAACUGUUCUUCUUUUUGAAAUAUUGGGUGUUCUCGAUUCAGCUGUUACACCUGGACCAUAUUAUUCAAAGACUUUUCUUAUGAGAGAUGGGAAAAAUACUUUACCUUGUGUAUUUUAUGAAAUAGAUCGUGAACUUCCAAGACUGAUUAGAGGCCAAGUUCAUAGGUGUGUUGGAAACUAUGACCAGAAAAAUAAUAUUUUCAAAUGUGUUUCUGUCAGACCAGCAUCUGUUUCUGAACAAAAAUCUUUUCAAGUAUUUGUCAAAAUUGUAGAUACUGAGAUGAGAUAUUAUACCAAUGUAAUGAAUGAAAUUUAA